UAGCGCGCCGUGCGGCCGUGACGUUGGAGCGUGCUGGCCUGGGAGCAGCCGAUCUGUCGCCGGUGUGUGUCACGGGAGCGCGGACGACGUUGGCGGGCUGUGAGAUGACUGUUACCAACUUCGGCACGAUGCGCCCCUGCUUCGCUGGUUACCCGUUCCAAGGCCAGGGCCGCGUGAACCAGCUGGGCGGCGUCUUCAUCAACGGGCGGCCGCUGCCCAAUCACAUCCGGCUGAAGAUCGUCGAGAUGGCGGCGGCGGGCGUGCGGCCGUGCGUCAUCUCGCGGCAGCUGCGCGUGUCGCACGGCUGCGUCUCCAAGAUCCUCAACCGAUAUCAGGAGACCGGCUCUAUCCGGCCCGGCGUCAUCGGCGGCUCCAAGCCGCGCGUCGCCACCCCGGAGGUGGAGGCGCGCAUCGAGCACUACCGCCGCGAGAACCCCGGCAUCUUCAGCUGGGAAAUCCGAGACAGGCUGAUCAAGGACGGGCUGUGCGACCGCAGCACGGCGCCCUCGGUGAGCGCCAUCUCGCGGCUGCUGAGGGGCCGCGACGGACACGACGACGGCAAGCUGCCCGACGGCAAGACGAGCGACGGCAGCGACUGCGAGUCUGAGCCGGGCAUCCCGCUGAAGCGCAAGCAGCGCCGCAGCCGCACCACGUUCACGGCGCAGCAGCUGGACGAGCUGGAGAAGGCGUUCGAGCGCACGCAGUACCCCGACAUCUACACCAGGGAGGAGCUGGCGCAGCGCACCAAGCUCACAGAGGCCCGAAUUCAGGUGUGGUUCAGCAACCGGCGCGCGCGCCUGCGGAAGCAGCUGUCGAGCAGCGCGGCGGGGUACGCGCUGCCAGCCGGCUACCCCGCGCCGCAGUACCUGCUGCCGCCGGACUCCUUCGCCGCCUCCACCACCGCGCCACCUCCAGUGUCGGAGCACCACGGCGCGGCGGCGCUGUACUCGCCGCACCACCACGGCCACCACGCGCACGCCCACGCGCACGCCCACGCGCACGGCCACCACGCGGCCAUGCUGCCGGCCAUGGGCGCCGCCGCCGGCGGAUACUCGCAGGUCAGCGCCGCCACCGCCGCCGCCGCCGCCGCCGCUCUGCUUUCCGUUCCCACAGCCGACGCCUCCGCCGCAGCUGCAGCCGCUGCCGCGCUGUCUGACGACUCCGGCCUGCCGCGCGCCGAGAUGUCGUGCAUGAGCUCGGUGCCCGGCCAGCAGCACGCGCAUGCGCAGCCCACGUCUCCCGGCGUCGCCACCUACCCGCAGCACCAGCUGUCGCCCACCGUCAUGGCUGCAGGAGAGGGCGCGGCUUCGCGCGCCGAGGCGCCGCCGGUGCCGGUGAGCAGCGUGUCGUCCCCGGUGGGCGUGGUGGCGACGACGCCGACGCCCGCGCCCGCCCCCAGCCACGCCCACGGCCACGCCCACGGCCACGGGCACGCCCACGGUCACGGGCACUCGUGGGCGCCGCUGCCCGUGUCGUCGCCCCCGCAGCCGCAGCCGCAGCCGCCGCCCCCGCGCGCCGGCAGCCCGGCCGCCGGCAGCCACGCGCUCGCCGCCUCCUCCAUGUCUCCGUCGCUGCACUCUGCCGCCCCCGCCGCCACCGCCUUCGGCCACCACCACCACCAGCACCCGCACGCAGGCUUUGCCACGGCCGCGCCGCAGCCGCGCCAGCCGGCCUUUUACUCCUGGUACUAGGCGGACCAACUGCCACCGACCUCCCUUCUCUCCCAAAUCAGCGGAUUCCUUCGUGUCGCGCUAUUGCUCGCCUACAGAGCAGCUUCUUCUGAAGUUUUCCUGUAUCAGAAACUGCAGAUACGCCGGCUUUCUGUACAGUGCAGGGAAAGCUGACGUACUUUUCUUAACCAGUUGUCUUCUCCACACGACCGAAGACAUACUUCUUUGAUUUCCUACAAUCCAAAACCAUGUGUAACAGAAAACAACCCCUCCAACAAUGUAGGACUGUUCCUUCUUCCGCUGUUAACUGAAUCAACAAAUAUUAUUUCAUCCCUCAUUGUGAGGACAAGCAGUCAAAUGGCUGCAGUUCUCCAAAUAGAUUUAUUACUCAUCCGAACGCGAAUUCGAUUUCAGGGUAUCAUCUUCAAAUGAGUAAAUCGUACUUACAAGGAAGAUUAAUAUGCAGAAAAACAUAAUUAUUUACACACAGAGUAUUUCAGCUGCCCACACUGAUGUGUAUUAGUACUGGGACACCUUUUGUACAUUCUUUUUGAACCCGCAAAGAAGUAAAGUUAACUAAAUUAAAUUUCCUUUAAAAGUUUCAUGUUCAUUUUUUCUGCAAAACUAACAGUUUGCGCGUAGUGAUCGAGAGAAUACGUAGAUUUUGCGCUUGGUAUUUGAAGCCGUUGCAGGUUGCAUGAAACCCAUGGGUAGCAGCAACUGAAACACACAAUUUUUUUCCGAUUUUAUCAAUGCAGGAUGACAAGUUCACUCUCAAAGAGAGUUGAGAAUUACCUGAAAUUUUUCGCAAUGUUUGUGUUACGUAUUGUAUUACUGAUUCGUAUUUGUAGUGCCGUUUGAAGCAGCUGCAUAUCGAAAUAUACCCGCUACCGAUAUGUCAUUUUAGAAUUAUUUCUGAUAUUUAAAAUUAUAUUUCUACGGCAAGCAUUUGACGGAAUAAGAGGCUCCGCAUUUACAAACGUCAAUAUGAUCGUUGAAUGCAAGUGAUAAUAAACAAGUAUGAAAAAACCUUAACGAUAGUAUUAAGUAAAAUAAUAAUGUACAUAAACUGAGCACCGAGCUCAUAAAUUGUCAAUGUACGUGUUAUAUAUGCUUAAGAUAUUACCUCUAUUGUGAAUUUAAAGCGUUGCACAACAGAUUUUUGACAGAAAGACAAUAUGGAACUGAAUUAUUGCCCUUCUUAUGGAUAUUAUGUGUGCAGCACAACUUAAGGUUAGCUUGUUUCACUUAUAAUUAUUAAGCCACACACAUUGUAAUUAUUUUUUAAAAAAGGUAUUGGCGUAGUUUAUUUUAAUUUCGGAUAGGUUUUGGAAUUAGAUCGUAAGACUACUGUUUACUUUGCACAUGAAACUGUUGAUUUUAUGUCAUCUUACGGUAUGUUUACAAUAGAUUAAGUGCACAGACUUCACCAAAGAUAACGAAUUGUUUGCGUUCGUUCAACGAGAAUCAUUUGGAGCUAUUCUUCUAUGGAUUUGGUCCCACAGCUGAGAGGAAUAACUGAUGACAACUUCUAAGAUGUAUUCCAUCUUUCCCUUCGGUUUAUUAAAGACUGGGAAGAAA